CUUCUUCUGUAGAUAGUUAACUCGUUAAAUUGGUGGGUCUCACAUUUAUUAUUACCUUCCAGAUUUUGACCUCACAGAAGCAAAAACACAGUAGUGAUUGAAAAGCUUAGAAAAGAAAUUACAAAACCAGAGAUUGUUGAUUCUUAGUUCAUACAUAGAAGAAAGAAACAGAGCUAAUGUUUUGUCAUAAAUACUAAAAACCGUUAAAAGUAUAUUUUUAAAAUGAGAAAAAAUGUGAGCCAUUCGAUUUUUGGAUAGACCCAUCAUGUAAAGGUUUAAGCUUUUUUUUUGUUAGCCAAAGAGAAAGCCUUUUUAGUUCUAUUGACAAUGGCGACGAAGCUGAUUUCUCCGCCGUUGUCUUGUCCGUGGGUUACUUCAAGAGAGGUGAUAAUCAAAGGGCUUCCACGGCGGAGAAGAGAAUGGAUGGUCACGAAGAGAAACAGAGUCUCUGCUGUCACGGCCAUGAUUGUGGAGCCACUUUCUGUUGUUUCUUCUUCAGCAAUUCAGAUUCAUCAAUGGUGGGAACAAAACCCUAAUUCGUUACUGUUAAUGACGGAGGCUACUGGUGGUUAUUCGUUGGCUAGCUAUUAUACGUCUUUGGGUUUGUUUGUUAUCUCUGUUCCUGGUCUUUGGUCUCUAAUCAAACGCUCUGUUAAAUCAAAGAUAGUGAGAAAGACGUUUGUUGUUAAUGACGUCAAGAAGGAGCCAAAGCAAGUAGCUGGAGAGAUUCUAUCUUUCUUCACAAGGAAGAAUUUCAAUAUCACUGAUCGUGGAGAAACAAUCACAUUUGAAGGAAAGAUGGUUCCAAGUAGAGGACAAGCUGCUCUGCUUACGUUUUGUACAUGUAUAAGCUUAGCAAGUGUUGGUCUUGUCUUAACCAUUACAGUUCCUGAUUUUGGAAACAAUUGGUUCUUCAUCAUUCUCCUUAGUCCACUCGCAGGAGUGUAUUACUGGAAAAAGGCGUCGAGGAAAGAGGAGAUAAAAGUGAAGAUGAUGGUGGGAUCAAAAGGGAGAUUGGAUGAGAUUGUGGUUCAAGGAGAUGAUGUUCAGGUCGAAGAAAUGAGGAAAGAGCUUCAGCUUAAUGAGAAAGGCAUGGUUUAUGUCAAAGGUCUCUUUGAGAGAUCAUCAUAAUGAUAACAUUUUAGCCUCCCAUUUUUGCCUUUUGGGGAAUGUGUCUAUACUUGUUUUAUUAAGGUUGAGAUUAAUGACUUUUUAACUCAUUUCCCAUACUUCAUACUAAACGAAUCGAUUUGAAUAUAGUUCAUUUGAUUGAGCAA